CUCAGAUGGAUGAUGGAAAUUACAUGGCUUGUAUUCUGCCAUAAAAGUGCAAUGUGUAUUCAUUCGAAAUGAUUUCCAUCGUUUUGUUACAAAUGUAAAGAUCGAAAUGUGCAGGCGCGUAAAGAAGACGCGAUUGUGCUUCAGCACUCUGGACAGCGCACGCAAGUUGCGCCUUCUGCGAAUUACUACUGGAGUUAUUUUGCUGAAAGAACACCAUGUUUAACAAAUGAAAAGUCAUGCUCUUGAUAACAUAUCUACCAUCAACAGGGUCAAAUACACCGCAAGUGGACUUUUGAAGAGAGAAAUGGACUUUGCGGAAAUUCUGUUUGCUUCUUUUAUCGUUGUGGUCGCGAUUGUUUCUUUGUUGUCGAACUUACUGGUGUUGCUAUGCUUCAUUCACAGCAGCGAAAUACGCCGACAGGUGCCAGGGGUGUUCACCAUGAACUUGUCAUUUUGCAACAUACUAAUUUCGGUUCUGAACAUGCCAUUCACUUUAGUGGGGAUCGUGAAACACCAGCAGCCUUUUGGAGACUGCGUCUGUCGCACGGUCAGCUUUCUGGAGACCUUUCUGACAGCCAACAGCAUGCUGAGCAUGGCAGCCCUCAGUAUAGACCGAUGGAUCGCUGUGGUGUUCCCGCUGAGUUACUCAAGCAAAAUGCGCUACCGGGACGCGCUGGUCAUGGUGUGUUACGCGUGGCUUCAUUCGCUCACGUUCUCCCUCAUCCCGCUGCUUUUCUCCUGGUUUGACUACAAUCCCAUUUACGCAUCCUGCACGUUGCAUUUGAACGACGAGAGCGCGCGGAUUAAAUUCACUGUGUUCACCAUUGUCUUUCAUGCCACCAGCUUCAUGCUUUCGCUCCUGAUUUUGUGCGUUACAUACUUAAAGGUGUUAAAAGUUGCACGCUUUCACUGCAAGAGGAUUGACAUUAUAACCAUGCAGACCCUCUUCUUACUAGUAGAUAUUCACCCAAGUGUUAAGCAGCGCUGUCUUGCAGAACAAAAGAGGAGAAAACAGCGUGCCACUAAGAAAAUCAGCAUUUUCAUUGGGUCUUUCAUCAUCUGUUUCGCCCCUUAUGUCAUUACAAGGCUGGCUGAGCUGCUUCCCUUAGUGGACAUCAACAGACACUGGGGUAUUGUCAGCAAGUGUUUAACAUACAGCAAGGCAGCUUCAGACCCUUUUGCCUACUCCCUCCUGCGCCAGCAGUACAAGAAGGUCUUGGUAACAGGGGCCAACCGCUUGUUGAAGCGUGAUUUAUACCCAUCCUCUGGACACAGCAGCUCUAUGGACACAGAGAAUGACUACAGUCUUCAAAGAAUCAGCUAAUGUAACACAAAAUGAAACACAAACUAAAAAAUACCAAUGCCUUGAUUGUGUGUUAGAAUUUAAGAUUGAGUGAGUAUGUAUGUGUGAGACUAAGAGACAGAGAUAGAGAGAGGGAUUGUGUUGUCACAGUUGGUAAUGUUAACAGUGAUGUCCCACUCUAAUGUAACCAGAU